CAUAAAAGUCUUGGAUUUCGGGGGCCAUGCAUCGCGCGUUCUCGUUCCCGGUGACUGUGGAGCGCAGUCGGACUAAGGAGCGCCUGGAGGCGAGUCUGACCGGGCUGUGCGAGCUGGAGCUCCGCAAGCAGCGGCAGGAGUGCCUGGUGCUGGGGGCGCUGGCUCUGGGAGACCCUCUGCUCGAGGACCGCUCCAGAGGAGAGCUGGCGUGCUUCAGCAGCUGGGGCCAGGAAAACUUGACACUGAGGCGCCAGCUGAGUGCCCUUCAGAGUUCUCCAUGGGGCCUGAUGCAGGCGCUGGAACAGCAGGUGGGAGAGCUGAGGAUCGACACGGAGGAUGGCUGCCAUGAUGGCGCCCAAGGAGACGCAGGCGACAGUCGGCCCAGUUCUGGGUUCUAUGAGUCGAGUGAGGGUCAAUCGCCUAAAGGAAGGUCUUGUUCCACCGAGCCCACAGAGACAGCCUCCCCGUGGGCACACACCAACGACAGGCCGAAGUCUGUGGGAGACCCCUUAAUAAUGAAUGCAGAAUUGGAUGUGCCAGUCCUACGCACCACCCUACCCCGCUCUUUCUCUGCCCCGUACCCGCUUCUGGAGGGCAUCGCCGAGGAAGGCGCAGCGGUGGACUUCUGGCAGUGGGACAGCAGCGGAGCCAGCGGGGCUUGGCAGCAGCCGCCGGCGGAGGGUCACGUCACCGAGGAGGACUACGAGCAGGCGUUGAGGGUCGAGGGUUACAUCCUGAGUCUCGUCCAGCGUCACACCCUCGCACCGCGGCCGUGUCAGCCCCGCACCACCCUGAGCCCCGAGCCCCCGCACUGCGGUGCCUCCGGACACAGCUCCCUACACAGGAGAACUCCUUCUCUUACCACAGAGCAACACUCUCCUGACCCCCACUUCCAGGCCCACGUUGACCUUUCAGCAAACCCUAAGGGCCAGGGCUGGGGUUGUGACCUGCAGGAGGGGGAGGCCUGUGGAGGAGAGGCCCCAUCUUUGGAGGAAGACUGUUAUCUUGCUCUGCCCCACCCCCAGUCCAGGCCACACUCCCUGGCCGAGAGGCUACAGCCACCUUUGCCCCCCCGGGACCCCAACGGCGGUCCUGGGGCUAUUGGUAUUUAUUGUGAACCCCCAUCCCCCCAGCAUUACUUUCAUCCACAACUCCCUAUUCUUCCCAAACCCACUUUAGUCAGUGCUCAGUAUAUCCCUGGACACGCCUGCCAUGCCCCUCUGCGCUCCCCCAGACACUACAACCCGGAGCAAGCCCAGCCGAAGCCCAAUCGCGUGGUCACCUCUCCUGAACACCCAAAGGCCAGAACUUCGAAGAAGAGCCACAACGAGCGACAGAGAUCCAAGAAAUCGAGCAGUAAAGCCAGUCGCUCCCAGUCUGAAAACAGCCUGCUGGGCCAGCGGGUGUUGCCAGAGCGCCGGUACAGCACCACCGAGAGGCACCAAGGCAGAGGGGAUCUCGCUCAGAACCAAGGCCAAGUCGCUGGAAGAAAGGCGGGCAACGCGGGCGACAACGGGAGCCGCCGUUGGUGCUCCAACCUGGAGCUCAGCCAGGACGAAGGGGAGACGGCAGCAGGGCCGUCGCACCGACGGCCGCCGCGAAAAGUUCGGCCCAGUCAGUCUUGUCCCCAUUCCCAACAGCAGAACUACCAGCAGCAGCAGCACAGCCAGCGCUGGCACCCCGGCCUCCAGGAGAGAGCCCCUCUCUGUCACGGAGAGGGGGGCUACGCCGCCCCCGCCCCCGCCGGGUCCGAGUCCAGCAUGAGCGAGGUGUACUCCCCGGCCUCCAGCUCGCUGUCCAGCGACUCGGACGAGAGCGGGGGGCUUGUGUGGCCCCAGCAGCUGCCGCCACGCCUCGCUUCCACCUCCUCGUCAUCCUCACCUUCACCACAGGCGGCUGCCAACGCCCCCUCUCAACCAAAGGCCUUCGUCAAAAUCAAAGCCUCCCACGCGCUCAAAAAGAAGAUCCUCCGAUUCCGCUCCGGCUCCCUCAAAGUCAUGACUACCGUAUGAGGAAAUACUCGUUGAAACCCAGAAGCGUUUCUACGGUUAUAAAGCCAUUGCCAUAGCAACACUGUGGCUGCUACUCUCGGUCACCAAUCAUUUGUUAACUAACCCAUCCAGAUUUGAUAUGCCACCUACCUCUAAUUUCAGUGCGUUUGUAAUGAGAGACUUUUACAGGAUUAAAGAUCACCUGGUGAAAUGGAUCUUGGAGUUGACCGCCAUCAGCCUAGCGGGCUUUGUCCGGCUCUAGUUGGUGUGAUGUAUAGUUACGCCAGUUUGUAAGUCUUGACGCCGGUCGGCCUGAUAGUCAAUUCCUCAUCGAGUAAUUCAUUCUUACGGUGUUUACACAACAAAUAGGAACAUUGUCAAAAGCUUCAAGUCUUGCCAAACACCAAAGCUCUAGAAAUGAUGUAGAAAUGUGAAAUAUGGGUACAUUCAAACUAUUAAGACAGGUCCACAAUUUGACAGUAAUAUUCUUGGACGUUUCCUGGAAAGAAGUGUGAAAUGAUUCACAUUAUUAAUAGAAUAUUCCUUCAUGAUUGGAAAGUUCAUGCUCACAAUGUGCAAGGUUAUCUGAUUUUUACUGCACUGAAUAUAAGCCUGGAACUAAUUAAUUCAUGAAUUAUUCAUUUGAACACUGUCUCUAUUUUCUAAACAAAUCAGAACCAGAUUUCCGGGAAUUAUUAGGUCAUCAUUCUGAAACUACAGACCCAUGAAAUGAAGCACUACUAAAAACACGGCUUCCGUGUGUGGUAGAACUUGAAGCUUUAGAGUCAGGACUUGUCUCGCAGUGAUCUCGUGUCCUAUAGAGGAGAAAGGCAGGAGUGAGUGAGUUUAAAAUGGGAUGGUCUGAGUGUUAAUCUCUACGCAGGUACUCAGCCUCUUUGUAAACUGCUACAGGAACCAAUGAGCAUCAACAGGUCUGUGAGUAAAACAUGGGGUUAUAGAGGCCAUAGUAAGGGGCCGGUGUAUAUGCAUGCAUGCACAUACAGUAUGUAUAAGUGCACAUAUUAAUUGAAACAUAGGGACACAGAAUUGGACACUCUUGUAAAUAUGUGUGUUUCUGUAUAUACCAUCACGUGGCCUUGUUUGGAAUGAAUGUAGUUUGUAAAUAAAGGCUUUUUCUCUCUUA